GUGGCCAUUGGUGGGACCUGCACCAACGGCAUUGUGCCUGUGUGUGUUCAGCAUGCUGCUGUGCCUGCCGUCUCCUGCGUCAUGCACAACCUGCCCCCAGAAAUGCCGUUGUGAAGACCAGCAGUUCUACUGCGACACCCAAGGACUGGAGGCGCCCCCGGACGGCGUUGACAGGGGGGCCCUGGGGUUAUCGCUCCGCCACAACAGCAUCGCUGAACUGAGCCCGGACCAGUUCUAUGGCUUCUCCCAGCUCACCUGGCUCCACCUGGACCACAACCAGAUCACCACGGUGCAGGAGGACGCAUUCCAGGGGCUCUACAAACUCAAAGACCUCAACCUGAGCUCCAACCGGAUCACAACGCUGCCAAACACAACCUUCAUCCACCUCAUCAACCUACAGAUCCUGGAUCUGUCCUUCAACCUGAUGACUGCGCUGGAGCCUGAGCUGUUCCAUGGCCUCCGCAAGCUGCAGAUCCUCCACCUGCGCUCCAACUCGCUGCGCACCACCCCCGUCCGGGCCUUCUGGGACUGCCGCAGCCUUGAGUACCUGGGUCUGUCAAACAACCGGCUGCGAAGCCUGGCCCGGAACGGCUUCGCUGGCCUCAUUAAACUCAGAGAACUCCACUUGGAACACAACCAGCUGACUAAGAUCAACCUGGCUCAUUUCCCCCGCCUGGUGGCUCUGCAGUUCCUUUAUCUGCAGUGGAACAAGAUCUCCAACCUGACCUGCAACAUGGAGUGGACCUGGACCACGCUGGAGAAGAUGGACCUAACGGGGAACGAGAUCCGGGUGCUGACCCCGGACGUGUUCGAGACGCUGCCCAACCUGAAGAUCCUCCUAUUGGAUAACAACAAGCUAGGCAGCCUGGACCCUCUGGUCUUGGAUAUGUGGCGGUCUCUAAGUACCGUGGGGCUGUCCAGCAACCUUUGGGAAUGUACCAAAGGGAUCUGCUCCCUGGCCACUUGGCUUAGCACCUUCAAGGGGAGGUGGGAACACUCCAUCCUGUGUCACACCCCCGAGUACGCCCAGGGCGAGGAGAUACUGGAUGCCGUUUAUGGAUUCCAACUUUGCCCAAAUUUUACGGCGCCGCCACCGGUCGUCUUGACCACAAACACAUUGUCGAUGGCCACGGACACGUCGACAGGCACAACUGUGGAGGUCACCAGCUCGCUGUUUGGAAUAAUGCAGCAGACACCCACGCAGGACUUCUAUGUGGAUUUUGGGCGCUUUACGACCAUAAUGACAACGACCACCACGCCGCGCACCGCCCUGGCAACCGCCUUGGCAACCUCCGCCACGACAGUGGAGGGCGGAGAGCUGGGAGUCACGGAGGACUUCUCAGAGACGGACAACACAGUCCUAACCCAGAGGGUGAUCAUUGGAACUAUGGUCCUUCUGUUUACAUUCUUCCUCAUCAUUUUCGUUGUGUUCAUCUCACGGAAGUGCUGCCCUCCUACCAUGCACAGGAUACGCCAGUGCUCGGCCAUGCAGAACCGCCGUCAGAUGAGGACCCAGCAGCGGCAGCAAAUGGCGGACCUGGCCACGCAGGUCCCCUAUAACGAGUACGAGCCCAGCCACGAGGAGGGAGCGCUGGUUAUCAUCAACGGCUACGGGCAGUGCAAGUGUCAACAGCUGCCUUACAAAGAGUGUGAAGUGUAAACUAUGUAUUCCUCCAUAUGGGCUGUUUACCAUUCUAAAUACAGGGUUUUAUUUUUUUGCCUCUUUCUCCCCCCAGUUUACAAAAAAAAGAAAAAAAAAAAGCAUAAUUUCUACUCGCUAGCUUUGAGAAAUCAAUGAGAUUAGUGUAUUGAGUGGGACAGUUGAUGACUGGUGGAAAUGAACAGUGACGAGACUGAUGAGGAUGUAGUAGAUAUAGUCACCAUUUAUUUUUAUAUGAAUGUUCAUAUCAAGCUGUGGGCAAUCAGUCUAAAAAAAAAGGAAAACGGUAGUGAUUUAUCACCACAUUGUUAUUAGUCACUUUCCGCAGCACGGAGAAAAACUUCUUUUUUUUUUUUGCCAAAACAUCUGUAGACUGAUCCUCUUACUAAGAGACGGCACAGACACAAAUAGAUGGUGGUCUAUAUCAUGAUAUCAUUAUCAAGACACAAAUAGAUGGUGGUCUAUAUCAUGAUAUCAUUAUCAAGACACAGAUAG